CCUUUUCAUUACGACAUUUCAUGAUUACCGUUUCUCUCGGAUUUCAGUCACACUGCGACAAGACAGCUCGUCGAUAGUAUUUCUUUUUCAGCGCAGACACCGACAGCAAAUCAGUUUGUCAAGAGAGGUAGCCACCCAUAAGCAAUGAAGAUGUUGUGGAUACUGGUUUUCACACUUUUUGCUGUGCCAAGCCAGGGGGAAGUUUUUACCUCCAUGACAGACAUGAGUCGGCUCCUUGUUACAGAAGGGGAGAUGAUACGAGCAGUUGAAAAUUACAUAGUGGCACAAGAAGAAAAACUCAUGAAGUUGAAAAGAGAUGUCUUAGAGAUGGAGCGAGUCCAUGAUGAAGCAGCUCGUUCACCUGAAGCAUUUUUGGGUAACCCAAUUAAUGCAUACCUCUUGGUCAAGAGGCUUACUGUGGACUGGCUUGACCUUCAGAAUAUUAUGACUGAUGAUAGUACUGGCCAAGCCAUGUUAAACAACCUAACAAGCAUGGCAUCAAUGCUUCGCUGGCCAGAUGAAGAAGAUCUUAGUGGGGCAGCAACUGCCCUUAUGCGUCUCCAAGAUACAUACAAGCUGGAUACAUCACAGAUUGCAAGUGGUGACAUUCUAGGGAAGAAAAGAGCAUACAGAGAACUUACAGCUGCUGACUGCUUUGAGCUUGGUCGCCAGAGUUACAAUGGGGGCGAUCAUUAUCAUACAGUGUUGUGGAUGAAUGAAGCUCUUGACAGGCAAGAAGUGGAAGGCAACAAGACUGUUGAACGGGCAGACAUCCUUGAAUACCUAGCUUUUUCGACUUAUAUGCAGGGAAAUAUCCGUCAGGCUUUGAAGCUUACAGAUGAACUGCUGGAGGAGCGUCCCAACCACCAGAGAGCUCAGGGUAAUAAAGUGUAUUAUGAGGAGGCCUUGCAACAGCAGAAGACUCAGAAGAGAGGGGAAUUAGGAGAUUUCAUGGAAGAGGAUGCUACUGCUGUUGAAAAGGAAUAUACUAUAUCAGAAAGUAUGGGUGAAGUAGAGAAAUGGCAGAUUGAACGUCAGGCCUACGAGCGUCUGUGUCGUGGUGAAGGAAAGUUGUCACCGGAAAUGUUACUCCAACUUCAUUGUUUCUACAAGAAUGGUCCUUCUGCUUACCUGCGUUUAGGUCCCGUGAAAGCUGAGAUUGUGCAUAUCCAUCCAACAAUUCACAUUUUCCAUGACGUUCUUGCUGAUUCGGAGAUAUCAUUAAUCAAGGAGUUGGCAACACCAAUGUUCAAGCGUGCUACUGUUCAGAACUACAAGACGGGAGAGCUGGAGACUGCUUCUUACAGAAUCAGUAAAUCGUCGUGGCUCAAAGCAGAAGAUUCUAAGACUGUAGCUAAGGUGAAUCAAAGGAUCGAAGAUAUUACAGGUCUGAAUAUGCAGACAGCUGAAGAAUUACAGGUGGCAAAUUAUGGGAUUGGAGGCCAUUAUGAACCACACUUUGAUUAUGCACGGAAAGAUGAGUAUACCGUAGAAUCUGACUUAGGCCUCUACGGGAAUCGUAUUGCAACAUUUCUGUAUUAUAUGUCCGACGUUGAUGCUGGUGGCGCAACGGUUUUCCCACAACUGGAAUUAUCACUCUGGCCCAAGAAGGGCACAGCAGCCUUCUGGCACAACCUGCAUCCCAGUGGCGAAGGUGACACUCUCACAAGACAUGCUGCUUGCCCUGUAUUAGUUGGUACCAAGUGGGGUAAGUUGCUUAUGCAAUUUGUAUUUUGA